AUGAGCCACCAUACAGUCUCCGUCUUCGAUCACGACUGGCCUCUGCCUCCUCUACUUCCGUCCCGACGCGAAAGCGCAUUUUCCACCUCGACCGUCCACGGCACCAAACUCCCCGUGCCUCACCUCGAACAUCCCAAACUCCGCGACGAGCCCUCCCUCCGCAUCUCCUUUCUGGAAGAGCAGACCGUCCAAAGCGCCUGCACGGUCUUUACCACCAAGCUCUCAUAUACUUUUGAGGACUGGCAGGACUGCGUGCAGUUCCAGGAGCUCAUCCUGGCCGCAAAACUCGUUCUUAUCGCCGGCAUCGCCGAAGCAAAAUCCAAAGGCCGCGGGGAGGAAUGCAUCAGCCAGAAUCUACGGAUCUUCCGCGGAUACAACGGGAAACAGGUCAUGCUGUUUUUCGCCAACUCGCAGCGCAAGGAGCUAAAGCGAUAUGUGUCGAUUCCUGGUAUGGGGCCCCUUCAAUCUUCACUGGCAGCACUUUAUCCCAUCUACGCAACUAUACUGACACUGUGCGAAGUAAAUUGCAUCGAAACAGUGAAUCCCGGCAAAAAGGCCGGUCGACCGGUGGUGCUGGACCUCCAGCCGAACUUUGAUCUCCUAUCGCAGAUGAAAACACUGCAUAUCCAGUUCCUGGACGAUCAGGAUACGGUCUCAGAGCAGAGGAUUUCUGGUACCCUACUACUAGGUUCCACGACAAGGGACAGGCACAGGCACAGGCACGGGGAUUCAGGAUUACCAAUACAGGGAAUCGCCAAGGCCGUGCAUGCAGUGAUUGGAUAUUGA